UUAUGUUUUUGUGUGAAUUUUAUUCUUGUGAAGUAUUUCAUAAUAUUUAUUUAUUUUUAUUUCGAUGCGCGCAGUGUGUUUGUUUCUUAUUCAAGAGAGUGAAUCGUGAUGACCUACUUCUGAUAAAAGUGUUGCUUAAUGAAUAAAAAGUGUGAAAAAAUCAAAUGAGAUUGAGUACAACUUUUCUUUGCUUAAUAAAUGAAAAAGAAAACUAAAAACUUGCCUCCAAAGAGGCUGAAUAUUUUGAAGUUAUUUCCUGUGACUAUACAAUCCUUUUGUUUCUCAUCUUUAGAGACUAUGUAGUUAUGUUCUUGACGACCAUGAACGAUUAAUCGUAAAUUUGUACAUAAAUUUCCACUUUAGAGACUAUAAAUUGUUUUUUCCCCUCAUAUAUAUGGUCUGAGAAAUUGAUUUCAGUGUGCUUUUAAUCAUAGAUAUGUGUAUUGACUUCUACUAUGUAUCGAUGAGUGUUUAAAAUUUAGUUUUUGGCAUAGUGUACAGAAUAGUGUAUGAACAGAUAUUAUAUUGGAUUAUCAGUAAGUUUUUUUGUGCUUCACAAUGAUAUAUGCAUACUUGUUUUAUUAAUUUAUUAUUAUUUCAAUAAUUUGUGGACAUAAAUGAGAAAAACUUGUUUUAUUGUGGUCAAGAAUAUUGUCGUUAAAUGGUUUUAAGCUAUUGAAACUUUGUAAGUCAUCCGGCUUCAGUAUCAUGCAUAUCUAUGUGAUUCACUUUUACUCUUUGGGUUUAAGCUUCAUUGAAUCCUUACUUUGAGUUAAUUUUUUUGGUUGCUCACAUAUUACAUUAACUUUAUGCGUCGCAUCAUUUUAUUGAUUUAGAGAUCACUAAUAAUAUUAUAAAAAAUUAUGUUGUCAUUUUGUCUAAAAUUUUGCAAUCUCCAUCAUCUAAUCAUUAUUUUUGGUAUUCAAGGAAAAACGCAUAAAAAUAUAUCUCAUAACUACAUCGUGUUAUCUCUUCUUAACGAAGGCUUAUAUUAAGUCUUUGAAAGCUCAAGUGUAUGAUUGUUAAUACAGGAAUAAAGGGUGUAUAUAACCAUCCAUGGAUGCAAACUCGGGUAAAAGAGCUGCAGGCAGAGUUAUUUCACCUAGAAAGAGAUCCAGUGUCAACUUGAAAGAUAGAACCAGUGAUAGGGAUCAAAAUGCUCAGUUCUGUAAUCGAAUAGGAUGUAGUGGCAGAAUUAAGUACAGUCAGAAUUCCAAAAUUGGAAUCCUGGAUAAAGCUAAAUGUGCUAAACCUUCUAUGGAAAAUGGAAAGGAGAUAACCAGAAAUACAUCUACCACCUUUUCUAUGAUGACCAGUUCGAAAAAAUCAUAUAUUGAUCUGAAGUCUUCUCGUGUGGAAUUUGAUUCGUCAGAAAGCAGUGUUUCGAGUAAAUCAGAAAUAGGGAGUUCUAGUGUGUCAUCAAACAUUAGAUCUCGAAAAGUAUUUCAUUGUAAGUCAGGGUCAUGCAACCAAAACACACUGCCAACUUCCUCUGUCCUGUCGGUACCGAACAGCUCUGGCCUUAGGGCAUGUAAUAGUGGUAACGGAAGCAGGUGCAGUUUGAGAAAUCUGAAAUGCAAUUCAACAUCUGAUGUUGUUCCACGAAGUUGCUCGUCAUCUGAAUCACAGUCUAGUAGGAAGGAUGUGGUGAAAAAGAGAAGUUCAGAAGGGGGAAGUAGUUCAUCUUCUGGAUGGAAGAAAACAAAUAGAGCAGUAUCCUUUAAUGGACGUGUCUUGCGUUCAACUAAUGGCAUCUCUAUAUCUGAUUCAAGACGUGGCAGUUGGACUCCUCGAGAGGAUGCGAGUGAUGCUGCAUCUGUUAGGACUCAGAGGCUAAUCAAUGGAAGUACAAGGACGAGGCUUUCUAGUCAACAUAUUGGAAAUGUUUCCCGAUUUCCUCAACCUGAAAGACCUAUUGAGGUUGAGGACCAUGGUUCAUCAAGUGGUCAGAGUUCUUACAGCCUUUCCAGCAGUAGUGGUGAUAAUCUGUCCAGUUUAAUGCCUUCCUCCUAUAUGGGACUUGACACUACUAGUUUAGUGCAUGAUGCAUUGCAACGACGUGACAUGGAUGGAAUUGCCGAGAUAUUACUAGCACUUGAGAGGAUUGGACAAGACGAACCGCUGACCCGUGAGCAAGUACUUGCCUUUGAGACCAGUUUAAUCAUUAGCGGCCUCAACCUAUAUGACCAGCAUCGCGACAUGAGACUGGAUAUUGACAACAUGUCAUAUGAGGAAUUACUAGCUCUUGAGGAGUGUAUCGGUACGGUGAGCACGGCAGUAUCAGAAGAGGAAUUGUCGAAAUGCCUCGUGAGAAGCAUCUAUCAUGUUAGCCUCUCGGACAAAAAAAUCAUGGGAUCAAGCGAGGAUCUAGACGACCUCAAAUGCAGUAUUUGUCAGGAGGAGUAUGUAUUAGGAGACCAGAUCGGGAAGUUGGUGGAAUGCCAGCACCGGUACCAUGCAACGUGCGUACAGCACUGGCUGCAGCUGAAGAAUUGGUGCCCCAUUUGCAAAGCUUCAGCAGUGUCAUCUUAGUCGUCAUCUUUGUCAACAAUCAAGACUAGAUGUCGGGGAUGGGAUGAUUCAUCGUGUAUAAAAUGCAUUUGUUGAACAAUCUCUCACUUAUUUUGCUCCUUUUCCAGCCAAAUCUUAGCAAAUCAAUAAUCCUCGGAUAGGCUGUUUGGUGAAAACUGUACAUCAUACUCACUAACUGCCUUCUGAAAAUUUACUUGUUAGUGUGUUUCAGUAAUUCCAGCCCUUCCGAGUAGAUUUCUUAUUUAUAUUUACUUGUUUUUUGUUUUUAGUACUGCUAUGUGAAAGUUUGUUUCAAGUUCUGAAUACAUAUUUUAUGAUCCA